AUGAAACUCAAAGAAUUAGAGUCUCAUCUAAGCAACGUGACAAACUUCUCCAAUGCUAAAGAACAUCUCGAACAAUACAUGACUACACCACAUCUUGCUGCUCGAAUGAUCUACACAGCACAAACUCAGUAUGAAGAUAUUGAAAGUAAUCUAUUGAUUGAUUUGGGCAUUGGAACAGGAAUGCUUUCGAUUGCCUCGUGUCUUCUCAGUGCUGAUCAUGUCUUUGGAUUCGAUUGUGAUUCUGACGCAUUAAGAUUAUGUCAACUAAACAUUGAAGAAUUCGAAUUCGAAUCCAAUAUUGAUUUGAUUCAAACAGAUCUACGACGAAUUCGUCUACCGGUUGACCGACAUCGCAUUCAAGCCGAUACAAUCAUUAUGAAUCCACCAUUUGGGACAAAGCCGUUUUCGGUUGCAUCGACCGAACAGGAAGAGUUCUGCUCGACUGGGAUUGAUAUGCAUUUUUUACAGCACGCAAGACAACUUGCCAAACACUCAAUUUACAGUUUGCAUAAAACAAGUACGCGUGACCAUAUUUACAAGAAAGCACACGACUGGGACAUGAAAAUGGAUGUUGUAGCUGUUUUACAAUUUGACAUACCGAAAUUAGAGAAGAAACGCUCAAAUCGUCCAAAUUCGACAGCUAGCCAUGCGCCAUUGAAAGCCAUCGAAGUUGAUUUAAUCCGUUUUGAAAUAAAAGAUUGA